AUCCCUCCAUUCUCUAUCAUCCCCCAUAAUUCAGUUCUCCCCAUGUUUACCUCUCCAGUCAAGGGGAUUAGAGUAAUGGAAGAAGAGCAAGAGGGAGAAGAGAAAUUAUGAUAAAAUGUUUGAAUUCUCUGCCAUGAAUAUAUAUAUUUUAUUUUGGGGGGGGAUAUGUCAGUGGUGUGAGAUGAAUGCAUACAGUUUUAGACAUUCAUUACCUGACCUGACACAACAUUGUUAAAGUUGAAAUGCCAUUUAUACUAUUUUUCACAAGCCUUUUAGGAGUGUAUACUUAAUUCCAUUUGGAGCCCCAGAUGGAUCCAUAGACGUUUCAAAAGCUUUUAUUCAUUUUAUGGUCUCAUGUCCCUUUAACAUAUUUGGCAUGUCCUUGAAAUCGAGAGACCGGUAGAUCUGAGAGUUUAGAAUUGUGAAAAGUAAGGCCCUUUUCACUUCAUAGUGUUGUCUAUACUGUUUUUCUUUAGUCUGGUAGUUUCUUAGUCAAAAUAUUGUCAUUUUAUAGCUAUAUGGCUACAUUCUGAUGUACUUUGAGUAUCAUACCUUAGUCACAUAUUCCUGUUAGUGAGUUGUGUGUAUCAAAAUUCUCACACAAUCUUUUUAUCCAGCUCUACUUCCUCAAGUUGUCAAUGUGUAGACUGAACCAUUGUCUGGACCACCUGAGGUACCUUAUUCACAGUUUUAAAGCUUGCUUUCUCAUUGGCUAUGUCCCGAUUCUCCACCCUUUUUAAAGCAUAGGAAUGGUGUAAGCAUUGGCUGGAAGGAGUUUACACCAUUGUAAAAUCCACGAGAGAAAGUGUGUGCACACUUUGGAAGAACGGUGAAGAAUUGGGGCAUCAGCUAUACUGUGUAGAUCACAUUAUGCUCCCAGUGAGGGACAUUGGUGAGAGCUUUGUGCAUGGAACAAAGCAGCAGUCGUGAUCAUUUUGAGUGAGUCGUUUACUGGGAUACUGCAAUAGGAUGAAGGGGAUUUGAUAGACACAGAGAGGCUUUAAGGUCUGCUUCAUUGGAGAUGGUUUAAUAACCUUUCCAGAUAGUGUGCUGUCUUAUCUUAACUUCUAAGGCACGGGUGGGCAACUAGAGCCGCGGACCGAUUUAUGUCAGAGCUGAUGGACUGGGGAAAGCAACAUAAUCAUAAUAAUUUGUACACUGCAAAUUGACCAAGUAAGCGCCAAAAAAUAGAUAUCUUUAAAUAAGUCAUAAUUUCAUACCUUGAUUCCACUGAGACACGUUUUAAUUGUGGGAAUACUUGGAAACAGAUUUCCUGACUUAACAUUAUUUUUAGCCGAUUUCCUGCUGAUUUUACAGUCCUUUUUGACAAAAAACUUUGAGGGGCCAAAAUAAAUGACUCGUAGGCCGAAGGUGUGUCUGUUUGUACGAUGAAAAACAAACUGAGCGGAUAGGCUUCAUUCAGUACUUGGCCACUAACCAACUUCACUGAACUAUCUUUUAUAAUAUGAGAUAGGAUUCUUACUCUCACUGCGUUUUCAAGUGAGUUCGAUGACACUGCCUGUCUCAUACUGCCUGCCCUCAUCCAUUGCUAUCCCCGUUUAUGCAUUCAUGAUGAAGCAUAUACCUUUUCCCCCUUUGAAUUAUCUUCCCCGUCUCAUUUGUCUCUGAUGAUCUCCUCUGUUGCUUCUGCUCAUUGCGAGCGCUGCCAAACGUAUAUGGAUGAUUUUAAUUUGUCACCCAAUUGGAGCGCUUUAGAGAUCCUUUUUACCCAUGCAGUUCAUUUUGUUUUCAUUUGUCUGUUUUUCUUCUGAAUAUACACACACACACACACACACACACACACUGCUCACUGGAUCUGAUCUGAGGAACAGCUAAUGAGGGAGGAGGGGGGAAGAGGGAGAGGGAGGGUACCGCUAAAUCACUUGGAGGAAAGUACAGAGUGUGAAAACCAGAGCGAGGUGGCGAGAGGAAGGGAUUUACUGCUGGAACACUCAUUGAGGAGUAGAGGGAGUGAGUGUGUUGCAUGUUAUAGAGGUCGAGGUGUGAGCUCCGACAGGAGAGGGUUAGCAGGCUCAGAAGUGGUGACUGACUGAUUCACUCUGCUGUCAUUUUCCGCUUAUUCAGAGCGACUUACGGUAUAGUGAGUGCAUACAUUUUCAAACUGUAUGUUGCAAUUCUCUGUUUGGAGGGAAUGGGACUGAGCACCACUACAGCCGAGUGAGGACUCUUCCAGACACACUGUCCAGAGGAGCAUGAUGACUACUUUCCCCAAUGAGACAGAUGAGACAGGCUUCUCCUCCCUCUCUCCAUCAUACCCUCCCUCUCCCUCCCUCACACCGUCCAUCUCCCUCACCUCCAACCCUUCCUCUUCCUUCGCCUUCUCCCUCUCCACCUCCUCUCCGUCCAACUGCUCCAGUUCUCCAUCGUCCUCCUCCCCUCCCUAUAACUUCUACGCCGUGCUGCUGGUGCUGCUUAUCUUCUGCGUGGUGUUUGGCAACAUGCUAGUUUGUGUGGCGGUGUCGCGCGAGCGUGCCCUCCAGACUACCACCAACUACCUCAUCGUCUCCCUGGCCGUGUCCGACCUGCUGCUGGCCACCCUGGUCAUGCCCUGGGGCGUCUACCUGGAGGUGGUAGGGGAGUGGCGCUUCAGUCUCAUCCACUGUGACAUCUUACUGACCCUGGACGUCAUGAUGUGUACUGCCAGCAUCCUCAACCUCUGUGCCAUCAGCAUCGACAGGUACACGGCGGUGGCGAUGCCCAUGCUGUAUAACACCAGAUACAGCUCCAGGAGGCGGGUGGCUCUGAUGAUUGCUGUCGUGUGGUUCCUCUCCUUCGCCAUCUCCUGCCCUCUACUGUUUGGACUCAACAACACAGCCAGUCGGGAGGAGACCAAGUGUGCCUUCGCUGAUCCGUCCUUCGUGGUCUACUCAUCCGUGGCCUCCUUCUACGUUCCUUUCAUCGUGACCCUGCUGGUGUACGCCCAAAUCUGUGUGGUGCUGCGGAGGCGGGGCCGAUGCACCGUGCCCCGCAGACACGGCCUGCACCCACAGGGAGGAGGCAAGACGGGGGAGGGCCACAGGCACAGGAAGAAUAAGUGUACCCACCACGAGGAUGUCAAGCUGUGCACUCUGAUCAUGAGGCCCCCCACCAGCGCCCCCCAACGCAAGAAAGUGACAUUAGUGAAGGAGGCAGUGGUGCACCCCCUGGAUGAGGAACCUGUGGGGCGUGGUUUCCUGUCCCAGUUAGACCAGAGCCUCCCCCCACCUCACCCCCCUCCCCCCUCCGGACGAGCCACCAAGGUCUCCCUUUCUAUCUCGGUGGCGCCCGCGCCCUUCCUGGCCCUGUCCCCGCCGGUGGCACCACGCUCCGCCCUCGUACCCCGCCGUGCCACCUUCGAGGACGGCAUGAGUGGCCGCGAGCGAUGGAGGGAGCGCAAUGCAGACAGGGAGAAGGGAGCGAUGGCGAAGGAGAGGGUGAAAGGGACCCUGUCGCAGCAGAAGGAGAGGAAGGCGACCCAGAUGCUGGCUAUCGUGCUAGGUGUGUUCAUCAUCUGCUGGCUACCCUUCUUCCUGACCCACGUGCUGAAGGCCCACUGUGGCAGCUGCUGUAUCUCCCCCUCCCUGUACAGUGCUGUCACCUGGCUGGGCUACCUAAACAGUGCCGUCAACCCCGUCAUCUACACCACCUUCAACAUCGAGUUCCGCAAGGCCUUCAUCAAGAUCCUAAACUGCUGAGUACAGGGAAGAAGAGGAGGGGGGAGAGUGGGGGGAAGGACAAGUGUGAAAAGUGUUUGAGUAGUGGAGAGAGGCAACAAAAAGGUCAGAGACUAGAAAUAAAACUAAAGAAGGGAAAGAGAGAGGUGAAAACAAAGACUGGAAGGAGAGAUAGAGGGGGGUGUAGAGUUAGGCGACGGAGAAGAUAAAAAGGAGAAUUUAAGAGGUCAAACAGAAGAGCAAGUGAAUUAAGACAGAAAUUGGGAAUUAUACAGAGAUGAUGUACACGUCUGUAAAUAUAAAACAUAACAGGGGGAGAGAAAUAUUCUGAAGGUUCUAUGGGAAGAGAUGGGUUUCUCAUGGGGUAGGCCACAAACAGUGGCAAAAGACAGACUACAGUGGCAGAAGACUGUCCCGCUACGUACGAGGGUGAGGUACGAGGAUGACUAAGUAAAUGUAUUGCUUUCUGAUACCGCUCUCGAACAUACUGUCAAAGCGUCCGCAGACAUUGUCCUGUUUUUACUCCGAUACAGUUAUUUACAGUUUGUAAAUUACGUUAAUAAAAUGACAGAGGUAGUCUUUUAAGGAGAUACACAAUCAAUCUGCACCAUCAAACGCAAUUUUUCGUCCCAGUGUAAACAAGCCUAUAAGAGAUGUAUUAUAUUUAGACCAUGAUGAUGUUGGUGAAGAUAUGAUGCAAUAAUAACAUGGUGAUAUGAUGAGCGACUAAUCAAGGUUUGUUCAUAAGGUAUAUGUAUAUAUUGUUGUUUAGAGUUUGUUAAUGUGAGCUCUGCUGUAAAUAUCUGUAUUACUGUUAUUGUACAUGUAAUACAUUAUAUUCUACUCUUGUUGUUGCUGGUCUAUUUCAAGUUUGCUGUGGGUUAGGGUCAAUUCGAAUUGAAGUCAGUCAAUUCUGGAAAUAAAGAUAUUUUCCAAUUGAAUAAUAACGCAGAAAAAAGUUGUAUUUUCAAUGACCACUUAUUCAGCUGAGGAGAAGCUAUUUCAAAAGUCUAGCCGUUUUUUGUAUUUUAAAUUCAAAUGACUUCCUGAAUUGACUAACUUCAUUUCAAAUUGACCCCAACCCUGCUGUACUGGUCAAACAAUAGACAGAAAUUGACUAAUUGGUUUUCAAAACUGUUUAAAUACAUUUGCUCUCUACGUUGA